AUGGUGGUGAAGCUCUACAUGGGACUUUUACUUUUUGGCGCGGCUUUGGCCAAUCCUAUAAUGAAUGCGUCGUCCACAAAUCUAUUAACCAACACUUUAGGUUAAAAAUCUGUUCUGGUGACUUGAAAGUCUAAUUUUCGAUUUAGAAACGCUGAAAAAGUCGGAAGGAAAGAUUGACAUGGCCAACUUGCUCAAGUCGUUCGACGCCCCAACCUGCAUGCGCCGUUGUAUGCCGCCAUUGGACGGCUUGGGCAACUUGCUCAGCGGCAAAAAAGACGAGAGAAUGGUCAGGAACCUCUGCAAGUCAGUCCAAAUACCGAGAAGAAGGGGAAAAAGUUGAUUUUGAAGCAAAUUGCAAAAUUCGACGCGUUGCGCGACGUUGGCCGGCUGUUCCCACGUCUUUAUGGACGUCGUGACGAACGCUUUUCAGUUCAUGUGCAUCGAGAAUAUUGACAGUAAGUUUGAGAAAGGUCCAAGGAGAACGGAAAUGCCUUUCCUGCGAAAUAUCAUAGCCAAAAUUCGCUUCAAGACCUUUGUCGAAAAGAUCAAUGGUUUUAAUUUUCAUGCAAACAGAGUUAAUCCAAAUUCAAUUGUUUAGGUUUUAAAAAACUUAAACAGUUAAGUUUGAAUUAACUCUUCGAAAACUAAAAACUUUGAAAUAAAAAUGGAAAACGCCGAGAUAAACCACGCGCAAUGUGCAAACACGCAGACUGCACGCUCCAAAUGCAGACUUCGACAUACAGUACUCUUUCGCUGAAAAAAAAAUCGCUUGUAGCACAUAAUUUUUACUUUAUUAGUAUAACUUUGAGUCAAACUACAUUGCUAUCUUUAUAUAUUUUUCAAAAUGUUCCCCCCUCUUCGAAACCCAGAAAAUAUUUUCCAAGCAAGUUCAUGAUUAUUUCAGAAAUCGGCGAGAACCUCGAAUGCCUGAAAAACGAGUCGGACGAUCUUCAGCAGAUCUGCGAGGUCGAAUGCGGCAUCCAGGCGAAUGUCAUCGAAAAAGCCUCGAAAAAGAACGAAGUCAAGGAGCUGUUCAACGUGCAGAACCUCUGCAAGUCAGGGCUCGAAAUUAUGAAUUUCCAUCAUUUUUUGACUUGAAUCUCUGGAAUUUUUUUCAAAAUAUGCCAUUUUAAUUGUGCUCUCUGGCCUUUGGUAACAUGAACCGGACGUCUCUGAGCACUUCUAGGGACCACUUUAGUAGCGUCAGUAUUCUUAAGUGAUCCCUAGAUUUGCUCAGAGACUUCUUGACCGAAAUUAGAAUUUAGUAAUGGUUUUUGGUAAAUCAGAAAAGAACGAAAGAAUUUAAAGAAACAUAACGGAAAUUUUAGAGAUUCAGAGAAGAUUUCUGAUUAUAGUGAUCCAAUUUGAACGCACUCUGAUCAUUUUUAGACAGUUUUGGACCGUUUUUCUAUCAAGUCAGCAUUUUUCAACCUUCUUUUUUCACUGCAACCAUUAAUGAUCAUUUUUAAAGGCUGUCAGAAUUUUCUUUCAAUUUUUGCUUAAUUAAAUUUAUCCCCAACUCCCUGAGAGUUUUCGGGUUUUGGUAACGGCAACCGGAAGUGCUCCGGUAGUUUCUGAGCGGUUCUAGGGAUCACUCAAGGGGCUGAAGCUACUUAAAUGGUCACUAGAAAUUUCCCAUCACGUUCAAAUCGCGUUUACGCGUUGUUUUUCAGAAGUUUUGAUGGAAUCUGUAUAGCUGAUUCACGGCUGACUUGAGUAAUCGAAAAAAGGGUCCUGACACGAUAAUUCACGAGAUAGCGCUGGGCUCGUGGAGAGCGCAGACAGGACACGCCCCCUUAGCGUCCCAAGUUUGCCGUGAAUCAGCUAUACUCACCCAACGUAUGACUGUAACUCGGAAAAUACCAGAAUUUUCCAGCUCCACGGCCUGCCUAGUCCGUUGUUUCAAGGAGCGGAUGCAGGGCAAGUGCAAAAUCGGCGAGAAGAACAUGGUGGACACGAUUCUGUCGUCGGUGAUCCGUGGCGAGGGCCGCGGCUUCGAGCAGGUCAUGGGCUGGAUCAUGCCCGACGGCUGCAAGGACGAGGUUUGGCUAGAGCUUUUUCUGGAAGUUUUCACUGAUGGGGCGGGAAGAUAAAAUCAGCAAUCUUGGAUAUUUUUUGGAGCGUUAUCUGAAAAAUUAUUGAUUGAAGUGGAUUCUGGAAGCUUUUCAGAUAACUUUGAUAAGGAGAAGGUCAGUUAGUUCUUCAGAUUUUUUUUUCUCAGAUUCGGGUCGCUAGUUUUUUUUUUUCAAGGGAGUUUGAGCUUUUCUUAAUAAUGAGGCUAACUUUUCUGAACUUCUUAACUUUUUUAAUUUUUUUUUUCAGCUUCUCAACAUUCUGAUUUUCUCAAUGGGAUUGGUUCCAUACAAAAUUAUCAAUUUGAUCAAAUCAUUUUUAAAGGGACAUAACUAAAUUUUCGAACUAGAGGAGUUGAUCUAAAUUACAUUUUAAUAAAUCACAUCAGCCCCAUUUUUGAGCUCUGAUACUAGGGGGAUGACCUUUUUUGAGCCCUUUAGUGAUCACUUAGCGUCUUUUGCUGCCUUUUUGCAGCCUUUUUGCAGCCUUUCUGCGGCCUUUUUGCUGCCUUUUUGCUGCCUUUUUGCUGCUUUUUUGCAGCCUCUCCCUUUUAACGGCCAUUAUUCUCGACUUGAGUUCGAAAUCUGAGAAGACUAUGAUUUUACCAUUUUACCAAAGACUUUAGUUCAACUUCUAUCUGUUCUUACGAACUUGUUCCUUUCCAGAACCUGAAGUUGAUCAUGCCGGAGCGCCAACCGAUCGACACGAGCCGACCCCUGAACGUUGGAACUGUUAGUAUAGAUAUAUUUUGCCACUUCCUAUUGGAAUAACUUGACACCUCGAAGGAAUCACGUGUUGCAGCCGCGGACGCCGUCCUCCUCGACCACUACAUCGGAAGUUUACAACGACGUCGUCCCCUCGCCCGACGACGAGAAUAAUUCGACCCAACCUGUAGAGACCGCCCUCCUUAUUGAUGGAGAGGUGAAUCUUGAUCGUUUCGAUUGUAGUGCAGUUUUUUGUUGGUGUCAGAAGUAGUUUAAAAAACGGAUGAGGAAGAAUCUGGAGAUGUUCUCCUGGUAGUAGAAGUGUUGGAUUCAUUUCUCAAAAAUUUGAGUAUCGUGUAGUUUUUACGUGUUCUUGUCAUAAUAUAUCAUGAAUCUAACCUGUUCAAAAAAAUUUUCCUAGCCUUCUGAAAGCUCGAGACUUUGGUAUCUCAUCGCUGCAAGACGCACGACUUUUUGAAUUUGGAAAAAAAGUAGCUUAUGGAAAGAUUUGAUAGGGCGAACUUGGAGAGGCCGAUAGAGUCUGUUUAUAAUUCAUUUUUUGGCUCUCAUAAAUCAAAAAAAAAGUCAAAAAAAGUAGCGCUAUUAGAGGGGCAUAGUCACGCGCGAGUAUUCCGACCUCGGUAACGAAAACAAGAAGUUUCUGAGCGAUUCUAGGGAUCACUUAAGGGGGCUGGAGCUACUUAAGCGGUCACUAGAAAUGCUUCAACACGUUCAUUUUGUGUUGCCGAGGUCCGAGAGCAAAAUUCGAAAGACAUCUUUUAAAAAAACUCUCUCGGACAUUGGUAAAGCGAGACGGACGUGCUACGAGUGCUUCUGAGCGAUUCUAGGGAUCACUUAAGGGGGCUGGAGACAUUUCUAGUGAUCACUGUAGUAUCGAAUUGUAGCUUUAGUAGAACUACAACCGACCGAAUUGUAGCUCUAGUAGAACUUUUUCGCCCAAAGAGUAGAGAUCUUCAGUUUCUGAACUAGGAGAAAGCUUGGAAAAAUCUUGAAAUAAUAUAUGUGAUCGAAAUUUUUCAAUCAAUUCCUUCCUGACGUCAUAUUGAUUUUCUUGAGAUCCGAACUCUCCAAUGCCGAAUGAUGGACUGGGAUCGGAACCCGGUCCAAACCCCGGACUUUGAGUCGCUGGCCAGGAUCAUGAGCGCCCAGUUGUUACCUUUCUCCUUCCCUGUCGAUGACCAGAAGAACAAUGGCACGAGGAGACCGAUUUCCGUCGCUCCGUCUCUUCGUGAUCCUGAAGGAGCUGAGGGUGAUUUAUUUUAUUUUUUGGAAUAAUAUUCCUCCCAAUCAUCUCAACAAAAAUUUGAGGCAGUUGAAUUUUUCUCCCACGGGACAAGAUCGGGAUUAAUACGGAUGUGUUUUAGAUGGUACUUUAAGGAUUUUUCGUAGGCCUUUUUUGGGUCUCUAAAAGGGUUAAUUUUCUAGAAGAAUCAAGAAAAAGAAUCAAAUUCUAAUUUCUCAUCAUUUUUUCUUUAAGUUCUUUGAUAUGAGCCAAAUUUAAAGCUUCAGAACGGCGUAAGCCACUUGAGUGAUCUCUUAGAACUUUUUGAAAGGAUCAGAGAGGGGAUCCUGAGUAUUUACUGAAGAUAGCGAGGUCUAUAACGCUCAUUGUUGCAUGGAGAAUGAUUUUUGCGUUGCGGUCGCGUCGCGGCUCACUCUAAAGCAUCGGGGUAUGCAAUUGAGCUUGUGAAGAAACGCAAGUCGUUUCGGGUUGGGCGCGCUUUCAUGGCCUUUAUGCGUGCCUCUCUCAUGCUGGCCAGGUGUCUCAACGGGUUUACCCGUUUUUCAAGCGAUUUGAGUGUCAGUUGUGCUAAAACGGGCGAAAACCGGGUGUGAGAAGAACUGGGCGACCCAGCUUUCGAAAAUGGGCUAAAACGGGGCCUCAGCUUGUGGUAAAGAAUGCCAAAAGGGAUAGCAACUGUGUUCAUUUCGAAAAUCUGGGACUUAACUGGGCUAAAACGGGGCCUCAGCCAUGGUAGAAAUGCCAAAAGGGAUAGCAACUGUGUUCUUUUCGUAAUCCUGGGACCGAGUAAGGCUAAAACGGGGCCUCAGUGGAGGAAAAAUGCCAAAAGUUUUAUUAACUGUGUUAUUUUCGAAAAAUUUGGGACUUAACAGGGCAAACAACGGGAUCUCAGCUCUGGUGAAAAAUGCCAAAAGGGCUACCAACUGCGUUCAUUUUGAAGUUCUGGGACUUAACUGGGCUCAGCUGUGGUAAAAAUGCCAAAAGUGCUACUACCUGUGUAUUAUCCGAGAUUCUGGGACUUUAGUGGGCUAAAACGGGGUCUUAGCUUGUGGUAAAUAGUGCCAAAAGGGCUAUCAACUGUGUUCAUUUUGAAGUUCUGGGACUUAACUGGGCUAAAACGGGGCCUCAGCCAUGGUAGAAAUGCCAAAAGGGAUUCCAACUGUGUUCUUUUCGGAAUUUUGGGACUUAAGUGGGCUAAAAGGGGGCCUCAGCUUGUGGUAACGAAUGCCAAAAGUUCUAUCGACUGUGUUUAUUUCGAAAUCCUGGGACUAAACAGGACGAAAACGGGACCUCAGCUGUGGUAAAAAUGUUAAAAGUUUUCUUAACUAUGUUCAUUUUGAAAUUUCGGGACUAAACAGGACGAAAACGGGGCCUCAGCCGUGGUAAGAAGUGCCGAAAGUGCUACCAACUGGGUUCCAUUCAAAAAUCUGGGACUAACAUGGGAGGUCAUUUUAGCGUAGGGUUCAGAAUUUUUUCUAAAUUCGCUCAAACAAUCUUUGAUGGACUGCGAAUCGAUCCCCCAUAGUCGCUAUCUGCACAAACUUUUUGUUUUGGAGAUAUUUUCAAAGUUUUUAUCCUUAACCAUGUGACGCCGUUUGGAAGGAAUGUGGCCGCGCCACCAACCACUGCAUGGCAGCUAGGAGCGUGGUGCAGUGGCAAGCGUGUCAGCCUGCGGAGCGUAUGAUGAAGGUUCAAAUCCUUUUGCCGCUAACUUUUUUUGCCAUUAUUUUUUUAAAGAAUUCUGAUGAGAAUAUCAAAAUUUCAUGAGUAAAACCUUUCCAAAUAAGUUCGAUAGUUAUUUUUCUUUUCUAAAAAUCGCUUUUUUUUGAUGGAAAAAAAUCAUGAAAAAUUUCUAAAGUUGUGGCAGACUCCCCAUCAUCAGAGACUAUUUUUUUGAAAAUCAGCGAAAAAUGUUUCAAAAAAGCGCUGAACCUUCAUCGAAGAUCUUCGCAUGUCUUGGUUGUGAUAAAUAACAGUGGCUUUUCAAUAUUUCAAUAGCCAAUUUCUGCCUUACUUCUGGAGAAACAUCUUUACAGAAUAUGAAAACUUACCUGUCAUCCGAGUUUUAUUGAAAAAAAAAAUUUCCAAACCCCAUUUCCAUCCUAAUCCAAAUUUUUUUUUUCUAAAUUUCAGGAAUCUAAAAAUCUUUUGAACAAAAUGUUUUUGGGAAAAUUCUCUGAUGAUGUGAAGUCCGCCACAACUUCAGAAAGUUUCCAUAACUAUUGUCCAUAAAAAAAGCGAUUUUAGAAAGAAAAUAGCUAUCGAACUUAUUUGGAAAGGUUUUACUUACUUACUUUGAUACUUUGAUGGUCCAUCUUCGCUGAUGUUCUCAGCGUGGACCACACGUUUUCCAGGUGGCUCGGUCUUGCGCGACGGUCAUCCAGUGGCGGCUUGGCUGACUGAUGUUCUUGCGGAAGUAGUCCGUCCAUCUGGUCGGUGGGCGCCCGAGGGAUAAAAACUUUGAAAAAUCAUAUCUCCAAAACAAAAAGUUUGUGCAGAUAGCGACUAUGGGGGAACGAUUCCCAGUCCAUCAAAGAUUGUUUGAGCAAAUUUAGAAAAAAUUCUGAACCCUACGCUAAAAUGACCUCCCAUGUAAGCAGGCCUCAAACGGGAUCUCAGCUGUGGUGAAAAAUGCCAAAAGUUUCACCAACUGUGUUCAUUUUGGGAUUCUGGGACUUAACUGGGCUAAAAAGUGACCAUCAUCUGUUGUAAAAAUGCCAAAAGCGCUACCAACUGUGUUCUUCUCGAAAAUCUGGGACUUAACUGGGCUAAAACGGAACCUCAGAUGUUGUAUAAAAUGCCGAAAGGGAUUCCAACUGUGUUCUUUUCGGAAUUUUGGGACUUAAGUGGGCGAAAACGGGGCCUUAGCCGUGGUAGAAAUGUCAAAAGUGCUAAUAACUGUGUUCAUUUCGAGAUUCUGGGACUUAACUGUGCAAAAAGGGGGCCUCAGUCGUGGUAAAAUUUGGUAAUUAAUUUAAAAUUUGGGACUUAACAGGGCAAAAACGGGAUCUCAGCUCUGGUGAAAAAUGCCAAAAGGGCUACCAACUGCGUUCAUUUUGAAGUUCUGGGACUUAACUGGGCUCAGCUGUGGUAAAAAUGCCAAAAGUGCUACUACCUGUGUAUUAUCCGAGAUUCUGGGACCAAGUAAGGCUAAAACGGGGCCUCAGUGGAGGAAAAAAUGCCAAAAGUUUUAUUAACUGUGUUAUUUUCGAAAAAUUUGGGACUUAACAGGGCUAAAACGGGACCUCAGCCGAGGUAAAAUUUGGGACUUAACUGAAAGUUUGGGACUAGACAGGGCUAUCAGCUGUUGUAGAAAAAAUGCCAGAGGUAAACGAGGUGUAUACGGGCACGCCCGCUGGGAUUCCGUUGUUUCCUGAAACCAUCAUAACCUUCAAAAACGACGUCUUCUGAUUCAGAAGACGACCUGGCGACGUGGCGCGGCUCUCAGGCCGACCAGGUGAUCCCGCGCCAAUCUUCGGUGCAGCUUCUCUCCGCCUUUACCGCCCUGCUCCCGCUUUUCUUCCGCCCUUGA